AUGCUAAAGGAAAACAAGUGCCUUAAGAUUUACUUCAGUUGUGAGUUACUUUGGUAUGACUCUGACCUUCCAGAAACAGCUUAUGGGAAGAAAGUUUUAGAUCUUGAUUUUGGUCGAUCCAGUAGAAAGCUUCGAGAAAAAUAUGGAGACGUGUUCACAGUGCACCUGGGACCGAGGCCCGUGGUCAUGCUGUAUGGGGCAGAGGCCAUAAGGGAGGCUCUGGUGGACCAAGCAGAGGCUUUCUCUGGCCGGGGGACAAUUGCUGUGGUUCAACCAGUCUUCAAGGACUAUGGUGUGAUCUUUGCCAAUGGGGAACGCUGGAAGGCCCUUCGGCGAUUCUCUCUGGCCACCAUGAGAGACUUUGGGAUGGGAAAGCGGAGUGUGGAGGAGCGGAUUCAGGAGGAGGCCCAAUGUCUGGUGGAGGAGCUGAGGAAAUCCCAGGGAGCCUCCCUGGACCCCACCUUCCUCUUCCAGUGCAUCACAGCCAACAUCAUCUGCUCCAUUGUCUUUGGAGAGCGCUUUGACUACAAAGACCGCCAGUUCCUGCGCCUGUUGGACCUGUUCUAUCAGACCUUCUCGCUUGCCAGCUCAUUCUCCAGCCAGGUGUUUGAGCUCUUCUCUGGUUUCCUGAAGUACUUUCCUGGUACACACAUACAAGUCUCCAAAAACCUGCAGGAAGUCCUUGACUACAUUGGCCACAGUGUGGAGAAGCACAGGGCAACCUUGGACCCCAACAGUCCUAGAGACUUCAUUGAUACCUACCUUCUACGCAUGGAGAAGGAGAAGAACAACCAACACACGGAGUUCCAUCACCAGAACCUCAUGAUGUCUGUACUAUCUCUCUUCUUUGCUGGCACUGAGACCAGCAGCACCACGCUCCGCUAUGGCUUCCUUCUCAUGCUCAAAUAUCCCCAUGUUGCAGAGAAAGUCCAAAAGGAGAUCGACCAGGUGAUUGGCUCACAUCGCCCACCCAACCUUGAUGACCGCACCAAAAUGCCUUACACAGAUGCGGUCAUCCACGAGAUUCAGAGAUUUUCAGAUCUCGUCCCGAUUGGAGUGCCACACAAAGUCACCAAAGACACUUUGUUCCGAGGGUACCUGCUCCCCAAGAACACUGAAGUGUACCCCAUCCUGAGUUCAGCUCUCCAUGACCCACGGUACUUUGAACAACCAGACACCUUCAAUCCUGACCACUUCCUGGAUGCCAAUGGGGAUCUGAAGAAAAUUGAAGCUUUUAUACCCUUUUCUACAGUUUUCUUCUGGAAAAUUGCACUUCCCCUGUCUUCCUGUUCCACUUUGCUCCUUAUUACCGUGGACUUGAAUCAGAGCGGUAGGCGGUAA